AUGCAGAGAUGGAUGGGAGAACCGGCGCUUCUUCCAUCCGGAGGACGCAAUUAUGAUCAGCGCGUCCGGGCUCGCUACCUCGUCCUGUCCCGCGGCGAACUGCUCUUGGCGGUCAGGUUGACGCCAAAUCCUAAUGAGCCGACGUCGAAGUUCAAGGUGUUCCGGGCGACUGAACGGCCGCAUCAGAUGCCUGAGGCCGACCCCGGCUUCCCCGUUGCUGAGUUUAAUUAUCGACACAUGGCGAAUACAUUGUCCCUGUACAGGACUGUUAAGAGAUUAGGAAUACCUGAUGAGCGAAUCAGACCUAUGUUGGCGGACGAUAUGGCCUGUAAUCCUAGGAACGGCUAUCCUGCCCAAGUUUUCAAUAAUGAGAACCUUCAGCUAAAUCUCUAUGGUGACAGUGUUGAGGUCGAUUAUCGAGGGUAUGAGGUGACAGUUGAAAAUUUCUUGAGAGUUUUGACUGGCCGACAUGAAAGUGCUGUACUAAGAUCGAAGCGUCUCCUUAGUGAUGAAGUCAUAUACUUUUGUACAUGA